AUGGCUAUGGCAAAUCGUCAGAAUCGAGGCACAAAGUUGCCGCCAGAGGUCAAUCGUAUUCUCUACAUCAAAAAUCUGCCAUACAAAAUUACGACCGAGGAGAUGUACGAGAUUUUCGGGAAGUUCGGAGCCGUUCGACAGAUCCGUGUGUAAGUAAUGAAAUUUUAAUUACCGGAAUGCUAUAAUCCACGUAGAUUCUGGGUCAUUUCAAAUGCCUUCUUCAUUUUUUGUCCUCUUCAAAUUCCGGCUUCUGGGCCUGGAAUUGUUGACUUGAGCUGCACUAACAAUUGUUUCUUUCAGUGGAAACACUCAAGACACUCGCGGAACCGCAUUCGUCGUCUACGAGGACAUCUUCGACGCGAAAACCGCCUGUGAGCAUCUCUCCGGCUACAACGUCUCCAAUCGAUACCUGGUUGUUCUCUACUAUCAGGCGACAAAGGCGUGGAAGCGGAUGGACACGGAAAAGGCACGUGCGAAGCUGGAGGAUAUCAAGGAGCGCUACGGAAUCGGCGGCGACAUCGACAAAGAGAAGGAGAAGAUGGGACUGUUCACGCCGAGAAGAAACCAAUAA